CUGGAGAAUGCUGUCCCGGAAGCUCGAACUGCUGCAACGGCAUAAAAUGCAUGGCUGGCACCAAAUGCUGUGAUGAACUGUGCAAGGCUUGCUGCAGUAACACAGACUGCAAAACUGGGGAGGUGUGCUGCGAAGGGCAAUGCGAAAGUCGCCAAUGCUGCUCAGGAGACCCAUAUUGCUGCAACGGGCAGCCAUGUCCGGCCGGCACUCGAUGCUGCGAUGCAGUGUGCAAGACUUGCUGCGAUGACGUGCACUGUGGCUCUGGCAUGGUCUGCUGCGAUGGACAAUGCAAAAGCGGUGAAUGCUGCCCUGGGAGCCCGAAUUGCUGCGAUGGAAAGACAUGCGUUGCGGGCACGCAAUGCUGCAAUGGAGUUAGCGGGGACUGCACAGUUGGGGAGGUCUGCUGUGAGGGACAAUGCAAUAGCGGUGAAUGCUGCCCUGGGAGCCCGAAUUGGUGCAACGGAAAGACAUGCGUUGCAGGCACCCAAUGCUGCAAUGGAGUGUGCAAGACUUGCUGCGAUGACGUGCACUGUGGCUCUGGCAUGGUCUGCUGUGAUGGACAAUGUGAAAGUGGUGAAUGCUGCCCUGGGAGCCCGAAUUGCUGCAACGGAAAGACAUGCGCUGCGGGCACCAAAUGCUGCAAUGGACUGUGCAAGGCUUGCUGCGGUAACACGGACUGCGGAACAACGGAGGUCUGCUGUGAUGGACAAUGCCAAAGUGGUGAAUGCUGCCCUGGGAGCCCGAAUUGCUGCGAUGGAAAGACAUGCGUUGCGGGCACCCUAUGCUGCAAUGGAGUGUGCAAAGCUGGAUGCAAUAGUGGGGACUGUGCAGUUGGGGAGGUCUGCUGUGAAGGACAAUGCAAAAGUGGUGAUUGCUGCCCUGGGAGCCCGGAUUGCUGCAAUGGGAAGACAUGUCCCGGUGGCACCCAAUGCUGCAAUGGAGAGUGCAAGGCUUGCUGUAGUGACAUUCAAUGCGAGCCCGGGAUGGUGUGCUGCCUAGAACGGUGCAUACGAGGAGCAUGCUGCUUUGGGGACCCUAACUGCUGCAACGGAGUGCCAUGUCCCGCUGGCACCCGAUGCU